CCUCGCUAGAGACAGAUCAGUUGUCCGGCAGAAUUCUUCGUAAUUUAAAAAAAGCAUUACAUAAUGGAUCGUUGGCAGAAUCGCGUGGCUGUUGUUACUGGAGCCAGUUCAGGGAUCGGAGAAGCCUGCUGUAAAGACUUGGUGGCCAAGGGAUUGAUUGUUGUUGGACUGGCUCGUAGGGAAGAGCGCUUACAGCAGCUGAAGGAAUCUCUGCCAGCAAAUCAACAGGCUCGCUUUCACGUUCGAAAAUGCGACGUCAGUGUGGAGCAGCAGGUGGUGGAUACUUUCGCCUGGGUGGAUAAGACUCUAGGUGGUGCCGACAUACUAGUGAAUAACGCUGGCAUUGCUAGAGAUUCGCAAAUUAUUAAAGCCGAUAACUCUGCCGACAUGCGCGCCAUUCUGGACACCAAUGUUCUGGGAUUUGUCUGGUGCACCCGAGAGGUAUUCCGUUCGCAGGAGAAGCGGAAUGUGACAGAUGGUCAUGUGGUGGUCAUCAAUAGUAUAGCAGGUCACAAAGUUCCAGUAAUGCCGGGCUUUAGCUUCAAUUUGUAUGCUCCAUCAAAGUUUGCCGUCACAGCUUUGACUGAGGUCCUGCGCCAGGAGUUUCUACAGAAGAAAACUCAGACAAAGAUUACGAGUAUUAGUCCCGGUGCCGUUGAUACAGAGAUCAUUGAUGAAAGGAUCAAGGCUAACUUUCCAGCAUUUCCCAUGCUAAGAUCGGAGGAUGUUGCCGAUGCCGUUUCCUAUUGCAUCCAGACUCCACCAAAUGUGCAGAUUCAUGAGUUGACCAUAAAGCCGAUAGGAGAAGGCUUUUAAUAAAAAUUUUAAGCUAAUAAAUACGUUUAAAAAUACAUAUAUGUGAUUAUUAAAGAAGAAGAUAUAAAUAAAUAUGAAAAUGCUAAA